CAAAAUAACUUUUUUCAUAAUAAGUUACAUAAUAAUGGCGAAGAAUCUGGAAGGAAGGAAAAGGAAGUUAUAAAGGUGGUGAGUGUUAGUAAUAAAGUAGGUACUAGUGUUAGAAACUGGCGAAGAAUCUAGAAGGAAUGCUAAAAGAUGAUGAAUUGAAGAUCUGCAACUUGGAAAACACUUGACCUGAGGUUGAAGACGGAAUAUUGUUCUUGCUUUCCUUCAUACCAUCAAGCAAACGUAUGCAAUCUUCUACUUCUCUUUCUUUCUUUCUAUACAAACCUUCGAUUCUUCCUUCUCCCCCGCUGAUUCAAGGAUUAGAUAACUAAAAACGUUUUAAGGAAAGUUGAUUAGUUUGGGGGAAAUUGUAUGGCUACACUUGGAGAUAUUGGAUUGGCAGCAGCUAUCAAUAUCCUUACUGCUCUUAUUUUCUUGGUGGCAUUUGCGGUUUUAAGGCUUCAACCUUUCAAUGAUAGAGUAUAUUUCCCUAAAUGGUACAUUCGAGGUUUAAGAUGCAGUCCAACAAGCUCAGGAGCAGCACUUGUUAGCAAGUUUGUUAAUAUUGAUCUUAGAUCAUAUCUUAAGUUUCUGAACUGGAUUCCAGAGGCACUUAAAAUGCCAGAACGCGAGCUUAUUGAUCAUGCAGGGUUGGAUUCUGCUGUUUACUUGCGGAUUUACCUUCUAGGACUUAAAAUCUUUGUUCCUAUUACCAUCUUUGCUUGGGUAAUCUUGGUUCCUAUCAACUGGACAAACGACACUUUAGAAAUAGCCUAUAAGGUUUCCAAUGUUACCUACAGUGAGAUCGAUAAGCUUUCAAUUUCCAACAUUCCUCCUGGAUCAAACAGAUUUUGGGCUCAUAUCGCGAUGGCUUAUGUAUUCACGUUUUGGACUUGCUAUAUUUUAAAGACUGAAUAUGAGAAUGUUACCUCAAUGAGGUGGCAUUUUCUAGCUUCAGAGAGUCGUCGUCCAGACCAAUUCACUGUUCUUGUUCGCAAUGUUCCACCUGAUUCGAAUGAAUCUGUUAAAGAGUGUGUGGAGCACUUUUUCAUGGUUAACCAUCCAGAUCAUUAUAUUUGCAAUCAGGUUGUUUAUAAUGCAAACAAACUUACAAAACUUGUGGAGGAGAAAAAGAGGAAGCAGAAUUGGCUUGAUUAUUUUCUGCUAAGAUAUUCUAGAAAUCCAUCAAUGCGGCCUACCACAAAGACUGGAUUCCUUGGUCUCUGCGGAACAAAAGUGGAUGCUAUCGAUCACAGAACAUCUGAGAUCGAAAGAUUAUCCAAGGAGAUAGUUAUCGAGAGAGAAAAUGUUGCGAACAACCCAAAGAGUACUAUGCCAGCAUCUUUUGUAUCCUUUAAAUCUCGAUGGGCUGCAGCGGUCAGUUCACAAACCCAACAAUCCAGGAAUCCAACUGUAUGGUUAACAGAAUGGGCUCCAGAGCCUUGUGACAUUUAUUGGAAGAAUCUAGCAAUUCCAUAUGUUGAACUGUCUGUCAGGAGGCUUAUUAUUGCUGUUGCCUUCUUUUUCCUAACGUUCUUCUUUAUGAUCCCAAUCACUUUGGUUCAAUCUCUUGCAAACAUUGAAGGCAUUGAGAAAGUGGCCCCAUUUCUGAAACCCAUCAUCGAAGUGAAAUUCAUCAAGGCGUUCAUCCAAGGUUUUCUACCAGGGAUUGCUCUGAAGCUAUUUCUAAUCUUUCUACCAACAAUACUAAUGAUGAUGUCCAAAUUUGAAGCAUUUAUAAGUAUAUCAUCUCUAGAGAGGAGAUCCGCUACUCGAUAUUAUCUUUUCAACUUUGUGAAUGUAUUCCUUGGCAGUGUAAUUGCCGGGUCAGCCUUUCAACAGUUGGAUUCUUUCAUUCACCAAUCCCCGAAACAAAUCCCUGAGACCAUUGGUGUUGCAAUCCCGCAGAAGGCUACUUUCUUCAUGACAUAUAUAAUGGUUGAUGGAUGGGCUGGUACUGCCGGGGAGAUAUUAAGAUUAAAACCAAUGAUAAUCUUCCAUUUAAAGAAUUUCUUCUUAGUGAAGACUAAAAAAGACAGAGAAGAGGCCAUGGACCCUGGAAGUCUUGGAUUCAAUACGGGUGAACCUCAAAUACAGCUCUAUUUCUUACUCGGCCUUAUUUACGCGACUGUGACACCAACUCUCCUCCCAUUUAUCCUGGUGUUCUUUGCUUUCACUUACGUCGUGUUUCGCCACCAGAUUAUAAAUGUUUAUAAUCAAGAAUACGAAAGUGGUGGAGCAUUCUGGCCUGAUGUCCAUGGAAGGAUAGUUGCUGCUAUGGUUAUAGCUCAGCUGUUACUGAUGGGUCUAUUGAGUACAAAAUCAUCUGCGCAAUCAACACCUUUUAUAAUUAUCCUUUCUGUACUGACCAUUUCGUUCCAUAAGUUCUGUAAAGGAAGAUACGAACCUGCAUUUGUCAGAUACCCGUUACAGGAAGCUAUGAGCAAAGAUACGCUAGAACAUGCGAAGGAACCGAAUUUUAAUCCGAAGGGAUAUCUUCAAAAUGCUUACUUGCAUCCGAUAUUCAAAGGAGAAGAAGACGAUGAUGAAUAUGAUGAUGAUGAUGGGGAUCAGAAAUGGGAUCAUGAGAGCGUUAUUGUACCUACCAAACGCCAGUCAAGAAGAAACACUCCAGCCCCUAGCAAGAGGAGUGGUAAUUCGUCGCCUUCUUUUUCUGGGGCCAUUUAAUAAAUGAAUGAUUGGUUUUCCCCUUCUUUUUAGCCAUGUAUAAUUUGAGUUUUCUAUCUGAAAAUCGACCGAUUUGAAAGAGGAACUUAGAUUGUUGUUAUAAAACUUCGUGCAUAAAUGUGAAAAUCGAGGACGUUGGGAAAA